UUGUUCGGGGUGUGACCCUGCUUUUAAGAAUUAUUUUUAAUGAAUUGAGUAUUGUGCUGUAUUGAACAACCGUCAUUCAGUCACUUGUUUAAAAGAAACGACAUAGAAAAGAAGACAAGGAAAUUGCCGGAGUGUCGAGUUGGCGAAGAUGUUUCAGAUAAAGAGGAUCUGUUGCAUUGGUGCUGGCUAUGUUGGAGGCCCAACGUGCAGCGUGAUUGCCCAAAUGUGUCCUGAGAUCACUGUGACCGUCGUGGAUGUCAAUGAGUCCCGAAUUAAAGCCUGGAACUCGGAUACACUUCCCAUAUAUGAGCCCGGCCUGAAAGAUGUGGUUGAAUCAUGCAGAGGGAGGAACUUAUUCUUCUCUACAGACAUUGACUCAGCCAUUAGGGAUGCUGACCUCGUUUUUAUCUCUGUAAACACCCCCACAAAAACCUACGGCAUGGGGAAGGGCCGUGCCGCCGACCUCAAGUUUAUUGAGGCGUGCGCUCGGAGGAUUGUUGAUGUGUCUGACGGCUACAAGAUUGUCACAGAGAAGAGCACUGUCCCUGUACGAGCUGCCGAGAGUAUCCGACGGAUAUUUGAUGCCAACACCAAGCCUAACCUCAACCUACAUGUGCUGUCCAACCCAGAGUUCCUGGCAGAGGGAACCGCUGUGAAGGACCUGAAGGAGCCCGACCGUGUCCUGAUUGGUGGGGAUGAGACAGCUGAAGGUCAAAGGGCAAUCAGAGCGCUCUGUGCCGUGUAUGAACAUUGGGUCCCCAAGACCAGAAUCAUUACCACCAACACUUGGUCAUCAGAGCUGUCCAAACUGGCAGCCAAUGCAUUCCUGGCACAGCGAAUCAGCAGCAUCAACAGCAUCAGUGCCCUGUGCGAGGUCACCGGAGCGGACGUGGAGGAGGUCGCCAAGGCCAUCGGCAUGGACCAGAGAAUAGGUUCCAAGUUUCUGAAAGCCAGUGUGGGAUUUGGUGGAAGCUGUUUCCAGAAGGACGUGCUCAAUUUGGUGUAUCUGUGCGAGGCGCUCAGCCUGCCUGAGGUGGCCGCCUACUGGCAACAGGUGAUCCAAAUUAAUGAGUACCAAAGGCGGCGCUUUGCCAGCAGGAUCAUUGACUGCCUCUUUGACACGGUGGCAGGGAAAAAAAUUGCUUUACUGGGCUUCGCUUUCAAAAAAGACACUGGUGACACAAGAGAGUCAUCCAGUAUUUACAUCUCCAAGUAUCUGUUGGAUGAAGGGGCCAAACUAUUCAUCUAUGACCCAAAAGUUCUCAAAGAGCAAAUCAUUCAGGAUCUCUCUCAGCCCAGUAUUUCGGAGGACAACCCAGAAAGAGUUUCAGAGUUGGUGACAGUGACCUCUGACCCUUACGAGGCUUGCCAGAGCGCACACGCCUUAGUCAUCUGUACGGAGUGGGACAUGUUUAAGGAGCUGGACUAUGAGAGGAUUUACAAAAAGAUGCUGAAGCCAGCCUUUAUAUUUGAUGGCCGCAGAGUGCUGGACCAUCUCCAUGCUCACCUCCAGGACAUCGGCUUCCAGAUUGAAACUAUCGGGAAGAAAGUGGCAGCAACACUAAUCCCUUACUCCUCUGCUGGUGGAUGUCGCAUCUGUGACAGCGAGCCUCCCACCAAAAAACCCAAAAUCUAAACUCUUGAUAUGCAACACAUAGAACACAUUGCUCCAGAUUCUUAAAUUGGUCGUACAAACUUUACACUGCCGUAUAAUCCAAAGAAGGCCAGACCUCGUGGUUGGAAUAUGUUGAAUCUGUGUUGAACCAUUCCACACACAUACACACAGAUCAUUUACAUCAAAUGCUGAACUCAUCAAGCAGUUAGACAUGCAAAGUUGCGAUUAUGUCUCCUUUGCAUAGACUGCUUUGCUACAGUAUUUACUACAUAGACAAGCGUUGAUGCUGAACUGUAAAAUUUUAUACGAUUUUUUUUAUCAGUGUAUAUCUAUGUCCUCUGUAUGAUCUAUGAAAGGGCCAUUGCAAUAAAAUAAAAAAGAAUAUGAGUCCUCAAUAUGAUUAUGAAAUAUCCAAUGUACCACAGGACGAAAACAUACCUCAUUGCUUAGGGGCCGUCCACACCCAAGACAAUAUUGUCACCGCCCGUCAUCAAGUGACCUUCAGGCUGCUAUGGACUGGUCACCAGUCAAGUGGUCAAGACCUUAAUUGCAAAUUGUUCCGAUACAAUGGUACAGUAUAAAUGAAGUACACAUUUACAUUUUAAAGUACUGUCAACACUUUGCAGUUGAGUACAGGCAUUGGUUUAUUUAGGUAUCAUAAAUAAUCUCACAUUUAUGUUGAUUUAAAUAAAACGGCUUCAUUUAACUACCAAGAUGUGCUGGUAGACAUCUUUAAAAUGAAAAGGUCUUUCACCUCCUGCACCAUUUUUUUAAUUUGACCUUUAAAAAUCAAGUUCAUCUGCUAUUUAUUUUCUGUGCUUUGCUGCGGUUUGAAACAAUACAUGAUAGUGCUGGUGUAAAGUGGAUUUGUAUUAAAAUGCCGAUAUAGAAAGAA